AUGAGUCAUCAAGAUAAUAAUAAUAAUAAUAAUCAUAAAGAGAAAGAUGAUAAAUAUGAUAAAGAAGAUGAUGAUAACGAGCAAGAAGAUGAUAACGAAGAUGUAAAUGAAUAUUUAGUGGAUUGGUCAAAGAGAAAGAGGUCACGAUCAAAUAGGUUGAUGCAUCCUGAUAACCCAUACCGAUUUAAUCCACCAAACUUUAAGUCAUUGGCAAAGAAGUAUCCUUCAUUUGAUAAAUUUAUAUUAAACAAGAAUGAAAAGAUGAUUUAUAAUAUCGAUUGGAAAGAUCCAAAUGCAAUUAGAGAAUUGACAACUGUAUUAUUGGAUAAUGAUUUUCAAUUAAAGGUUGAAUUGUCACCUGAUAAUCUAUGUCCUACUCUAACACUACGUUUAAAUUAUUUGUUAUGGUUGAAUGAUAUAAUGAAAUCAUUUAAUCAAACCAUCAACAACAAGGACAAGAAAAAGGAAGAAAAGAUGUUUGGUAUAGAUAUAGGAACUGGAGCAUCAUGUAUAUACCCAUUAUUGGGUGUAAGAUUGUUAAACAUGUCAUUUUUAGCAACCGAUAUAUCAACCAAAUCAUUAGAGUAUGCUAAAAGGAAUAUAGAGUUAAAUGGUUUCGAGGAUAGUAUACAAUUGAAAUUAGUAGAUAAUCCAAAUCAAAUCCUUGUUGGUGUUAUUGAUCAACCAUCACAACAACAACAACAAGUAAAGUCAUACGAUUUUUGUAUGUGUAAUCCUCCCUUUUUUGAUGAAUCAAAAUAUUUAAAUCCAAAAUCUUCAUGUAUAGCAAGUGAGAGUGAAUUAACAACACUUGGAGGAGAAUUGGAAUUUAUAAAAAAGAUGAUUGGCGAUAGUUUGAUUAUCAAGGAUGGUAUAAUGGUAUAUUCAACCAUGAUUGGAAGAAAGGUAAAUGUACAUCCUGUCAUUGAGGAAUUGAAACGAUGUGGAGUGGAUAAUUACUCUACUCAAGAAUUGGCUCAAGGUAACCAAAGUAGAUGGGCUAUUUGUUGGUCAUUUUCAACUCAUCAUUAUUUACAUAAAUCAAAACAAUUCAAAAUGAAUCUAACUGGAAAUGAAAAUGAAAAUAGAAAUAUAAAUGGAAAAAGGAAUAUUCAACAAGUUGAAGAAGAGAAAGAGGGUAGUGGUAAAAAAAAAUUAAAUAGAAGAGAAAGAAGAGCAUUAGAGAGAGAUAGACCAUCAAUACAUAUAUCACUGUCAAAUCCAACCCAAACAUUUGAUGAAAUAUGUAAAUCAAUUGAAUCAAAACUCAGAGAUUUAUCGAUAUCUCAUCAUGUGACAAUUUCAAAUACAAAUAGUAAUAAUCAUUAUAAAGGUCAUCUUGUCACAUCAGUCACCAAAUCAAUACAAACUUUGGAAUGUACCAUUGUAAACAAUCAAUGGAUUCAUUUAAUUGAUCCAGCAAUGACUACAAACAAAGAUGAUCAAUCUCAUCAACAACAAUUUUCAUUUUCAAUCAACCUUGAUUUAAAUAGUACAAGUGGACCUAUACCAAUUACAAAAUUGAAUCAAUGGAAUAAUCGUAAAAGUGAUUCACAGUCACAAUCCUCCUCCUCCUCCUCCUCAUCCUCCUCAUCUUCUUUGGAUGAUUUUGACAAGAUUAAAGAAGAUAUUUUAAUUGGUAUAGAUAUCAAAGUUGGUAAUCAGACAGUAGUUCAGUCGUUGGACGAGGAAUCAACGAUAUCACCUCAUCACAUCAUCAAACAGUUAUUUAUGUUUUUAGUGUCCGAUUGGCAACAACAACAACAACAAAACAAUCUAUUAAAAUAUUAA